UCCUCACUGUAAAAACUGUUGACUGGUGUAAACAUGCUCCAGGAUGUUUUUAUCUUGUCAUAUUUCAUGUAAUGUGGAAAAUUGGUAACGGCACAGAAACGGCUCAUAUUCGCUUAUCUAAAUCCCAUAUCCCUCAAACAUAUUCUGGUACCACAUCACUAAUGUCUGCAUUGCAUUCCAAAAGGCACCCUAUUCACUUUAUAGUGCACUACUUUUGACCAGGGCCCAUGGGACUCGUCAAAAGUAGUGUACAAUAUAGGUAAAAGGGUACCAGUUGGGAUGCACACAUACUUCUAACACCAUCUGGACCUUUCAUUUCCACGACCCUAAGUGAACUAUUAAUUAAUCAGAACAAGCCCACUUUAUUAAUGAUGUAUGACGUGCACCAUUCACCAUUCAAAUCUGAGGUAACCCCUUGAAUAGGCAUUACCUAAUGAGACCAUCAAAGCUAAACACAUGCACAUGAUGUCAAUGUUUGAUUAUUCUCCACCACCAUGGGUGCAUCCUCAAGUGUUUCCUUGAUUCCUCUUUCUUAGCUGCCUCCUCGAACUGUGUUGGAGGCGACGCCGCGGGAAAUCAAUUAAAUACCAAUGAGAUUUUACCUCCAUGAUCUGAAUUCCGAGUUUAUUGAAGGAGUGGAUGAUGUGAGAGGGUCAGGGGAUAGCCUACUUCGCCGUAGUAACGGUACCUUGGCAACUGCAGAGUUAAUGGGUGAUAUUUAAAGGGCUGGUGGUGGAUCCCUCCCCCAGGUUUCAUACAGGUUGUAUUCCCUCGCUCUCUGGAUCUGCAGCAUAUCAACAGGCAGGAGAGGUUUGCUUCUGACAGUGACUGACGGAAGUAUUUCCCAUUUCAUUUUUUCACAGAGACGAGGAGCGAGGCACAGGGUCACUAUGGGUACCAGCUCCUCAUCGUACGCCCCAAAGACAGUCUACCUAGAUGUGGAUGGGAAAAUGCAGAAGGUGAUUUUCAGUCGAUACUGCAGCCCCUGUGACAUCCGAGAACUGCUGUGUUCUUCCUCUAACAUAGCCAGAAAUACUGCGAUAAGGCUGGUGGACUCCGAGGGAGCGCUGGUCUCCAUCGAUCCCACAAUGCCUACCAACACCCCAAACUCCCAGUACAAGGUAAUGCCUCAGUCGACUGGUCAGGUGGGAGACAAAGAAGACAUGUUCCAGAAUGUUUUGUCUCAGGUGGCAGAGCAAUUUAGCAGAGCUUUUCGAAUCAAUGAGUUGAAGACAGAGGUGACCAAUAGGCUUGCCAUGUUGGAGAAGAGAGUGGAGUUAGAAGGGCUUAAAAUGGUGGAGAUUGAGAAGUGCAAGAACGACCUGAGGAAAUUACGGGAUGAGAUGACCUCAAAGGGAGGAGGAAGAGUGACUUGUGGUUGCAAAUAUAGCUUCACAGAGGACGGCAAGAAACUGUCCCCAAGACGAGACGUUCCAAAUUACCCAAAGUAUACUCUAUCCCAGGAGACCAUAGAAGCUCUGAAGAAACCUACAUUUGAUGUUUGGCAUUGGGAGCACAAUGAGAUGCUAAGCUGUCUGGAGUACAUGUAUCAUGACCUGGGCCUGGUGAAGGAGUUUAAUAUGAACCCCAUCACACUGAAACGAUGGCUGCUGGGAAUCCAGGAGAAUUACCGCAACAACCCGUUCCAUAACUUUCGCCACUGCUUCUGUGUCAGUCAGAUGAUGUAUGGAAUGAUUCACCUGUGCAACUUACAAGAGAGGCUCACCAUGACUGACAUGUGCAUCCUCAUGACAGCUGCCGUGUGUCACGACCUAGAUCACCCAGGCUACAACAACACGUACCAGAUAAACGCUCACACAGAGCUGGCGGUGCGCUACAACGACAUCUCGCCCCUGGAGAACCAUCACUGUGCCGUGGCCUUCCAGAUCAUCUCCAUGCCAGAGUGUAACAUCUUCGCAAACAUAGAAACGGAGGCCUUCAAACACCUCAGACAGGCUAUCAUCACUCUCAUCUUAGCCACAGAUAUGGCCAGACACGGUGAGAUACUGGACUCCUUCAAGCAGAACGUGGACAACUUUGACUUCACCAACCACAAGCAUGUGACAUGUCUAAAGCUGGUGCUGAUCAAGUGCUGUGACAUCUCCAAUGAGGUGAGACCCACGGAGGUGGCCGAGCCCUGGCUAGACUGCCUGCUGGAGGAAUACUUUAUGCAGAGUGACAGAGAGAAAUCUGAGGGUCUCCCAGUAGCUCCUUUCAUGGAUCGGGACAAAGUGACCAAACCCACCGCUCAGAUCGGCUUCAUCAAAUUCGUCCUCAUUCCCAUGUUUGAGACUGUUAUGAAGCUUUUCCCCCAGAUUGAGGAGAUUAUGGUGCAGCCUUUGCGGGAUUCUCGAGACCACUAUGAAGAACUUAAACAGAUUGACGAUGCCAUGACUGAGGCACAGAAGAAAAAAACUGAGCGCAAGUCAUUAGGAGGAAAGAAGAAAUAAACUUUUCCUGCAAACUCAUUGGUGCCUUCCCCUCCCAACAUAGUGAGAAGAGGAGAGAAGACGGCAGUGAUAUUGUUUGGCCUUAGGUGUGGCAACACUGGGGCUGGUUUUGUUUCAUCUUGUUAUUUUUGCACAAGGUUUUCUUUUGGUAGAGAAGGAUGAAAGAUUUCGGGAAAAAUAUGAAGAGAUUGUGUCUUCUAAAUUAGUAUGUGAGGUAGGUUAAAUAAUAGUAUUUUUAAUAUGGAUAGUAUUUACGUAGGGCUUUUCAUUGUAUGGGGCUAACGUACUGUACCUCAGCCACCUUAUGGGCAUUUUAAAGACAAAGUUGGAGAUUAGGGACAUAUAGCAGGUCGGAAGUAUUUUAACUUAGCCAGUUUUGUAGAAAUCACUACAUGAUUUACAGUGAAAGGACAAAUACAUUUCUACCAGUGUAUAUUUUGACACAUGCGUGUAUGACUUUGCAUAUCAAAUAAAAUGGCAAUACUUAUUGGCUGAUCAUCUCGAA